ACGAACAGACAUCAAAGUCUUAGGCCCAUAGCACACGGCGUAUUUUAAACGCGCUGACGACGCGCAGAGAACGCGCCUAUACGCGAUUCAAACGAGAUUGGAUCGCAACCAAGGUAAUUAAGCACACGGGGCGAUUGUAAAACGUUCCUCUACUGCGCGUAUACGCGCAGAUACAGCAGUACAGACGCGCUGUAGUCGCUCGUAGCUUUUGCGUUUUGAUCAGAGACUCCUCUUCUUCAGUUGUACAAUGGCGUCGGUUGAGACAACACUGCUUACGUUGGCUUUAGUACUUCUUUUAAAAAGUAAAAAACGUAAAAAAAAGCGAAUUUAUUGGAUAGACCCAUUUACGAGUGAAAAAAGAUUGGGUGGUCAUUAUCAUACAACUUUUAAAAAAUUGUUAGUACAUAGAAGAUGGAAGAAAUUUUAUAAUUGUUAUCGAAUGUCAUAUUCGUCAUUCCAAGAACUUCUUUCGAUUCUAAAACCUGAGUUAACUCGUCAAAAUACAGCAAUGAGAUCAUGUAUAUCGGCAGAAGAACGUUUGCUCAUCACAUUGAGGUAUUUAGCUACGGGUUGCUAUUUCUCAGAUAUUCACUAUGACUUUAAGUGUGGACAAACGACGGCAGGCAUUAUAGUCCGUGAAACAGUGAAAAUAAUAUGGGAUAAAUUAAAAAACAUCUGUAUGCCAGAACCAACCGAAGAAUCACAUCUAAAAACUGCUGAAGGAUUUAUGAAAUACGCAAAUUUUCCCAACCUACUUGGGGCUAUCGAUGGGAAACAUAUUAGAGUUAUAAAACCUCAACAUAGUGGAUCAGAGUAUUUUAAUUAUAAAAAAUAUUUUUCCAUCGUAUUGCUUGCAAUAUGUGACGCAAAUUACAGAUUUAUCGAUAUAGAUGUUGGAUGCUAUGGAAAAGCUGCAGACUCAACAAUACAUGAAUUUAGUGAAUGGACCAAAAAGAUAAGGCAAGGAAAUUAUAAUAUACCAAAUGCGAGACCAAUAUCUAAUAAUGGGGUACCAAUACCAUUUACGUUUGUUGGAGAUGAAGGCUUUGCAUUAUCUCAACAUUUACAGAGACCAUAUGCUGGAAAAAUCUUGCCACGGCAGAAAAGAAUAUAUAAUUACCGCUUGACACGUGCCAGACGAUACAUUGAAUGUACAUUUGGUAUAUUAAGCAACAAAUUUAAAAUCUUUAAUCGGCCACUGAACGUUAGCGUGGACUUCAGUGUGGCUAUUGUGAAAGCCUGUUGUGUACUGCAUAAUUUCAUACGUGAACGUGACGGUUAUAAUUUUCAUAAUUCUUUGAGUGUAGCUGGUUUUGAAGAUCCUCCUGAAGAUGCAAGUUUGAUUUCGAUUGGUGCAAGACUGUCACAGGGACAACUAAGCGGAACUAUGAUACGAAAUAUGUACGCUGACUAUUUUAUUAGUGAUGAAGGUGCAGUACCAUGGCAAGAUUCUAAAAUUUAGGGUACCUACCUAAUUACAUUUUCUACUGUUUUACUGUUCUAUGUACCGUCGAACUAUAAACUAUAAUACAUUAUUUUUAAAUAAAUAUAAGAAAUCUUA